ACCAAGUUGCCAUAAUAGUGUGUUUCAGUGCUUAGCUCCCUCCAGUGUUAGAUAAGGCCACCAAGCUGGGCUUGCCUUGGGCUUGGGAUGGCUCCCAGCAUCAGCUGUCUCUUUUUGGCUGUGCUGCUUUCAGCUGGCUGUGAAGUCAUCACCUCCUCAGAUCAGACAUGCUUCGAGAAAGAAGCCAACAAAACAUAUAACUGUGAAAAUUUAGAUCUCAGUGAAAUUCCUGGCACUCUACCAAAUUCAACAGAAUCUUUGGAUUUCAGUUUUAAUUUCUUGCCUGCAAUUCAAAAUACAACCUUCAGCAGACUCAUAAAUCUUACUUUUUUGGAUUUAACCAGGUGCCAGAUUAGCUGGAUACAUGAAAACACUUUUCAAAGCCAUCAUCAACUGAGCACACUUGUGUUAACGGGAAAUCCCCUGAUAUUCAUGGCAGAAACGGCACUUGAUGGACCCAUAUCACUGAAGCAUCUGUUCUUAAUCCAAACAGGAAUGUCCAGUCUUGAGUUUAUCCCAGUGCACAAUCUGAAAAACUUAGAAACUUUGCACCUUGGAAGCAACCAUAUUUCCUCCAUCAAGCUCCCCAAAGACUUCCCAACAGGGAAUCUGAAAGUUCUGGAUUUUCAGAACAAUGCUAUACACUACCUCUCUAGGGAAGAUCUGAACUCUCUGAAGCAGGUCACUAACCUAAGCCUUAACUUCAAUGGUAAUGACAUUAAAGGAAUUGAGCCUGGGGCUUUCAAGUCAACAGUCUUCCAAAGUUUGAAUUUUGGAGGGACUGUCAACUUGUCUGUGAUAUUCAGUGGUCUGCAGAACUCUACUGUUCAGUCUCUGUGGCUGGGGACAUUUGAGGACACUGAUGCCCAAGACCUUAGUUCAGCCAUGCUCAAGGGGCUUUGUGAAAUGUCUGUGGAGAGCCUUAAUCUACAGACCUAUAGAUUCUCUGACCUCUCCUCCACCAUGUUCCAGUGCUUCACCCAUCUCCAGCAACUGGACCUGACAGCUACUCACCUGACAGGAUUGCCCUCUGGGAUGGAGGGUAUGAACUCACUCAAGAAAUUAGUUCUUAAUGUAAAUAAUUUUGACCAGUUGUGUCAAAUCAAUGCUGCCAGUUUCCCCUCCCUUACACACCUUUACAUCAGAGGCAACAUGAAGAAACUUCACCUUGGUACUGGCUGUUUAGAAAAACUAGAAAAUCUUCAGAAACUCGAUUUAAGCCAUAGUGACAUAGAUGCUUCUGAUUGUUGCAACCUGCAACUCAAAACCCUGCCUCACUUGCAAAGCCUGAACCUGAGCUACAACGAACCUCUUGGCCUCCAAAGCGAGGCAUUCAAAGCAUGUCCUCGACUGGAACUCCUGGAUUUGGCCUACACUCACUUACGUGUUAAUGCUGCACAAAGUCCUUUCCAAAACCUCCAUCUCCUGCAGGUUCUCAAUCUCUCUCACUGUCUCCUUGACACCAGCAAUCAGCAUCUUCUUGAAGGCCUUCUGGAUCUCCGGCAUUUGAACUUACAGGGGAACCACUUUCAAGAUGGAAAUAUCCCGAAGACCAACCUUCUUCAGAAAGUGGGCAGCUUGGAGAUUCUGGUUUUAUCCUCCUGUGAUCUCUCUUCCAUAGACCAGCAAGCCUUCAACAGCCUUGGGAAAAUGCACCACGUUGACCUAAGCCACAAUAGCCUGACAUCCAAUAGCAUCGAAGCUCUUAGCCAUCUUAAGGGAAUUCACCUCAACCUGGCUGCCAAUGGCAUUCGAGUCAUCCCAUCCCAUCUCCUCCCCAUUUUGUCCCAGCAGAGUACUAUUAAUUUAAGUCACAAUCCUCUGGACUGCACUUGCUCAAAUAUUCACUUUUUAACAUGGUACAAAGAAAACAUGCACAAACUCGAGGACUCAGAGGAGACCCUGUGUGCAAAUCCUGAAUCGCUGAGGAGGGUCAAGCUGUCCGAUGUCAUGCUGUCCUGUGGGAUUACACCUGUGGGUGCUUUCUUUCUUGUGGUGUUUUUACUCUUGCUUGUCAUUCUGCUCAUUUUUGUAGUUAAAUUCCUUCUCAGGUGGAAAUACCAACAUAUUUAG